UUGGAAUGCGCGAGCAAUGAAUGAAGAAAGAGAUGGCUAGGGCUACUUAGGGCUCUUCGCAUUCUUUCAAGAAUGUGGCAGGGGCUAUGGCGGAGUCGAGCUGGAUCGCGCCGCGCAUUCAGCACCACAGCGCGGAAGAUCCUUCUCGAGCUCACCGAUAUGACUGUUCCUCACACUUGGUAUCCUUACGCGCGGACAAUGAGGAGGCGGAUCAUUCUCUACGUUGGCCCGACUAACAGCGGCAAAACCUUCACUGCCUUGCAAAGUCUCCAGCGAGCUUCAUCAGGAAUUUACUGCGGUCCCUUGCGUCUCCUCGCCUGGGAAGUGGCAGAGAAGCUCAACUCUCACAAUGUACCAUGCAGUCUUCUCACUGGACAGGAGCGCAACGAGAUCGAGGGAGCACAGCACAAAGCGAUGACUGUAGAGAUGGCGGACAUCACUCGCGAGUAUGAGUGUGCCGUCAUUGACGAAAUCCAGAUGAUAGGAUGCUCCAAAAGAGGAUACGCCUUCACUCGGGCUUUGUUUGGUCUCGCUGCCAAAGAGAUACACUUGUGUGGAGAUCCGUGUGUAGUGACUCUUAUUCAGAACCUGCUGGAACGCACUCAGGACACACUUGAGGUCAGGUGCUACACCCGCUUGUCUCCGCUUGUACCUCUUAAAGAACCGCUACGUGAUAUUAGACGAAUUCGGGGCGGGGAUUGCAUUGUAAGCUUCUCGCGUGACGAGAUACACACCUACAAGCGAGACAUUGAGAAAUUGCAUCCGGCAAUCAACUGCUCAGUCGUGUAUGGGUCUCUUCCACCAGAGACUCGCACCAAGCAGGCUGAACGAUUCAACAAGGCCGACGAGGACUUUAGUAUACUUGUCGCCAGCGACGCGAUCGGGAUGGGUCUAAAUCUUAAUAUCCAACGCAUCAUCUUCACGAAGCUGGACAAGUUCGAUGGCAUCGCUCGCUGCUACCUCAGUGUCAUGCAAGUGAAGCAAAUAGCAGGCCGAGCUGGAAGAUUCAAGUCCAAAUAUCCUGUAGGCGAGGUAACAUGUCUCAAAGGUUCCGAUAUAGCUCACCUGCAUCGAGCACUUGCAACACCAACACCUGCUGUAGUGGCAGCAGGAGUUUUCCCAACUUUUGAUCAAAUAGGCCUGUACUGCACCUUUUAUCCGAACUUCCCAUUUUCGGCUAUACUGGAAAAGUUCAUUGCCACCGUGACUUUGUCUUCAAUGUUCUUUCUGUGUGACUCUUCAAAUCUCUUGGCGAUAGCCAGGAUGCUUGACGACAUUCCACUGCCCAUGGAUUCCCGUUUCCUUUUCUGUACAUGCCCCGUGGACAAAGAUAACCGUAUAAUCAUGGGAGCUUUACUCGAGUUUGCUAGGAACUAUGCGGUCAAUAGGAAUGUGCCACUGAAGAGGCUUCUAACACCUGCAACAAUGCGAGUCCCAAGCACACAAAAGGAUCUAGCGGAACUGGAGUCCCUACACAAGGUUCUUGAUAUGUAUAUUUGGCUCAGCUAUCGACUAGAGGAUGCCUUCGUGGAUCGUGAGUCUGCCAUCACACAGAAACACCUGUGCAGCACAUUGAUCGAGCAGGCACUAAACUACUGGAACACGGAGCUGUCGAGCCGUAAGGCUGCCAAGCGUGAACUGAUCCAGAAUCUAAUCGAGGAGGGGCGUUUACCAGAGGAUGAAACGCCUGGAGCUCAGCGCGCGAGUAUGUACAACCUCAACAUGGACAGGGAAGUGAGGAUAAGUUGAGCAAGCUGGAUCAAAGGCGGACAAGAUGAACAGAAUCCGAGGAGUGUCCCUGGAUAAAAUGUGGUAGAAUGCGCUUAAGCUGUUUGCAAGGAGGGGGGCGAGAAAGGGAUUCGACAAUGCAAUGGGCUGACAAGGGAGAGGUGCUGGGACGCAGCCAAGAUGGUGCGGCAUGACUUACCAAAGGGAGAUGGUCUUUUAUUUGCAUAAUUAAGUUUUUAGUUAAUUAUUUAUAGUUAUUCAUAAAAAUAUUUUAAAAAUAUUUUUAUUGA